AUGUUGAGUAGGGAUUCGAGAUUUAGCGACGAAGCUCUUGCUUUUCUUAAUAUAUUAAUGCAAUCACCUCCACCAGAAAACAAAACCGAUGUCAAUGUAAAUCGUGAACUAUCAGAGUCUCUGCAUGCAAAUGUUAAUCAAAAACUUAUUGGUGCUUUCAAAGGAACUGAAAAAGAAGAACUAAUCAAUGCUAAUUCAACAGAAAUUCCAGUAACGAUUUACACACCUGUUGAUGUUGAUAAGACAAAAUUGGUCAUAUUUUUUCAUGGCGGAGGCUGGACUGUAAAUAGUCGACGAACACAUCAAACAAUGGUUAACAUGAUUGCUGAUGCAACAAACACGAUUUGGAUUAAUGUGGAAUAUCGUCGUGGACCAGAGUAUAAAUUUCCUAUUUGGUGGAAUGAUGUUUAUCAAGUAACGAAAUAUGUUAUAGAAAAUAAACAAUCUUAUGGUGUCGAUUCGUCGGCUAAAGUCGGCGUUGCUGGUGAAAGUUGUGGCGCUUUAAUGGCUGCGGGGUUAUGUCAUGCAAUGAAAAAUAUCGAUUUUCAGAUUUUAGUCAGUGGUAUUUUAGAUCUACAUCGAACGGCACCAUCAUAUAAAGAAUUUACUCAUCAAAUGUAUUUUCUGACACCGGAGAUCUUAGACUGGUUGACAUUAUCAGCUUUUGACAAUAUGAAGGAUUUAGAUGAUCCUCGUAUUGCUGUAAUGCAGAAUAAAUCUUUCGAAGGAUUACCACCAUGUUUGUUCAUCGUUAGUGAAUUGGAUCCGUUGCAUGAUGAUAGUUACGAAUAUCAAAAACUUCUUGAUAAAGCUGGGGUUCAAACUAAAUUGGUCCUCAUCAAAGGUGUCCUUCAUGGAUUCUUCUCCGUUCCAGUGGAUCAACUUCGUUUUCCCGAGUCAGAGCGACCAGCAGGUAGAAACGAAUCUGUUCCGGCGAUCAACUGGCCUGCAGCUGUUUCCGAAAUAUGUCAAAUGAUUAAGGAGGACAUGGAAAUGGAUCUGUCAACAGUAAUCACCAAAAGAUUUUCCAGUACGAUUAAGAUUGAAGGAACUGUUUUCGAUUGUAGUUCAACAUGCGGCAUUCCUCAGAUAAUACUUCGUGGUUCGCCUGCUGAUUUUCAAGAUUUAAUCGAUCGAGUUCAACAACUGAAAAUAAUUCUCACUGAUUUUCAUUGGUGGUUCAACGCGCUUUUACCAAAUCUCGAAAAGUUGAAAGAGAGUGCCGAAGGCACACCUGACAUUGAUUGGUGGCAGAGGAUUUGCCAUCAUGAUAAAAAUAGAUCGGGUGCCAGUAUAUUAUUAGGAUGGUUAACAACUUUUAUUCCCUACACAAUAAACAACGACGGUCAGCACAUACGAGCCUGUCGGGAAGGUCAUGAUGAAAAACUUGUCAUUAUCUAUGGGAUGAAUUUGAGUGAUCUCGAAGAAAGUAUUACUCAAACAGAUUUUUUCUUAAAUAAUAAUGGUACUUCAAUCUCGAUGAAGUUCAUCGCUGGAUUUUUUGGUGUUGGCAAAAAUCCAACGACAAGCGCUCUACGUCCAUGUCUUGGAUGGGUGACAGCAGUAUCAUCAGAACAAGUGGUUGAGAAAUUCUACUGCGUCAAAUUUAAGAAUGAAACACCCAUUGUAGAAGUCACCAGGAUUCUAGAAAUCAUUAAGAAAGAAGGCGGCAAAAUUGAACAUCAAUCUGACUUUGGUUCUGAUCGCAUGUUCUACGUUAGUCUGUUCGACAAGACCGUUGCUUGGCUUAAACAAAACGAACAUAUUGAAGAAAUAACAUUGGAUUGA